CACGGAUGCAUGCCACCGACGACGCCGACGGUGGCGUCGACGACGGCAAGUCGCUUCUGUCUCUGCAGAAUGCGGACGAAAACGGCACACCGUACUACAGGUCGUGGCAUGGUAGCCAUUGGUUCUUCUUCAGCGGCCGCAUUGUCGUGCAUCAACGGCAGUGGAAGUGCUCGUUGGCAACGUGGGCCUUCAUCACGGGAAUCGUUGCCGGCUUUGUCCAUUUUGUGUCCAUCUCUGCCCUCUCUCCAUCGUUGAGCACAACCAUGAUCGUACUCUACUUGAACGUCCUGGUUUGGUUCGGCUUCACAGCAUUCCGCGACCCGGGACUUGUACCCCAACGAUACGACCAACUCAUUCAAACUGAAAUCGCCCCCGACCGCUUCUGCACGAUAUGCCUCGUAAACAAGCCCCCGCGAAGAAGCCAUUGUAGCACUUGCAAUUGCUGCGUGGAUGGGUUCGAUCACCACUGCCCCUGGACUGGCAACUGCGUCGGCCGGCGCAACUACCGGUCAUUCAUGGCGUUUUUGCUCGCAUGCAUCGCCGCGUCCGGGUUUGCGUGUGGGACACUCGCGUGGUUUACAAUCGAUCAGUGUGUUGUGCAUCACGUGCCCUUUCACUCGUUUUUCCAGCAAUUCGUCCUUGUCCCGCCCUUGCUCUACGUCACUGCCGCCGUGUCGGCGUUCUUGAUCGGGUUUGCUGUCUACCACUGCCGUCUCAUUUCGAUGCACCUGACCACGAACGAAUAUCUUCGCCAUGCGCCGCCUUCCCUCUCCGAACCCACGACGCAAUCGUCUUGGGCCGACAACUGGAUGCUGUUCCUGACGUCCCCCAUCCCCCCAAGCAAAGUCGUGCACAACGCCCCCUCCAUCGACGCGGUCGUGGUUUGAUGCUGAGCUCAGUGUAUUUCUCGCCUCUUUGGCCACAUUCUUGGACGAUCUCCUUGUAGCAACCCAUGAGAAUGUUGCAUUUCACGUCGUGGCUAUCGCUUUGCUUUGGCGAUCUCCAGCGUGCAACAACUGUGAAUACCUUUCAAACGUACGCUCGUGGUAAGAGCGACUGCACGAAUAAACGAACGCAGACAACGAAUCGCUUGCGA